AUGUCUUUCCAUAAUACAUCCGACAAACGUUUCUCGAGAAAACCCUCGUUAGCCCUUUCUAUGUCUUUUGACCCAGCAGGAAAUCGCCGUGGUGGUCGUGGCGGCGGAGACCGUGGCCGAGGAGGUGGCCGAGGAGGUGGAGGUGGCGGCGGAGACCGUGGCCGAGGAGGUGGCUAUGGUGGUGGGGGUGGCGGCGGAGACCGUGGCCGAGGAGGUGGCUAUGGUGGUGGAGGUGGCGGCGGAGACCGUGGUCGAGGAGGUGGCUAUGGGGGUGGAGGAGGAGGUGGCUAUCAAAAACGCGAGCCUGAGCCUGUGGUCACUUUUAAAGAUCCGAACUAUCCCGCGGGGGCCCCUGAUGCGAAAUUCACCAAGAUGGAAGACGAGUACCAUCAGAGCGUAUCGGGAAUCAAUGCAUUGAGUAAGAUGUCGCUCAACCAGAGUUACCCUGCUCGUCCAGGGUACGGGACUAGCGGUCGACCAGUCCAACUGUAUGCCAAUUAUUUCUCGCUGAAUACCAGCCCUAACCUCGCUUUGGGUCGAUACAAUGUCGAAAUCACUCCGAACAUGGAUGCCACCAAAAAGAAACGAACUCAGCUUUUUAGGCUCGUUCUCGAGUUGCCAGAAUUUGCAAACAUCCCCAUUGUCACUGAUUACGCCUCAAUGCUUGUAACACCAAACAAAUUGCCUUUCAAAGAUGAACGUAUUUUCACCAUCACUUGGCGAAAGGAAGAGGAAGACGAACCACUUCCAAAUGCUCAAACUUACGAAGUUAAAAUCGGCUCCCCAACCUCUAUCAAUAUUACCGAUUUCGUUCAGUUCUUAUCCAAGGGCUCUGUGACUGGUAUGCCAGACGUGACAAAAGAGGAGAUCACCCAGGUCAUGAAUACCUUGAUGGGACACUACGCCAAAAGCGACAAUGGAACUGUUUCUAUUGCCGGUAACCGACACUUCUCCACUGCUCGAAGGGGUAACGAGAAUAAUUUUGCCGAUCUCCGGAUGGGACUGGAGGCAAUUCGCGGUUUCUAUCAGAGUGUUAGGCCAGCCACUGGUCGAUUUCUUUUGAACGUGAAUGUCACUCACUCCGUUUUCCUCCAGCCUGGUAAUCUGACUCAAUUAUUUCUUUCUUUUGGCGGUGCCAAUCCCCAUAGUUUCGCGGAUAAGAUUAAAAGAAAGCGUGUUGAAAUCACCCACUUGCCCGUAAAAAAGUCUAAAGCUGGUACAAUCAUUCCGCGAGAGAAAUCUAUUUGGGAUUUUGCUCGUCCAAAUGAUGGUCGCGACGAAGAACAUCCUCCACGGGUUACGGGAUUUGCCGCUGGACCGAUGGACGUCCAGUUUUGGCUCUCCGCCGAACCACCAUCAACGAAAGGCGAUGCGCCAUCAAAGUCCGGAUCAAAGAGAGCUUCUGGACCAGCACUUAAAGGCAACAAGUACAUCUCUGUGUAUGACUAUUUCAAGGAAAGAUAUCGGGGAUUUACACUGAACCCCAAAUUUCCCGUGGUCAACGUCGGAAGCAAUGUCAAACCGUCGUAUCUGCCUAUGGAGGCUUGUAUCAUCAAACCAGGCCAAGUUGUGAAAAAGACUUUACUAGGAGACCAAACUAAGUUGAUGUUGGAUUUUGCAAACAGAAGACCGGAGCCGAAUGCCAUGUCCAUCAUUACUUCUGGCAAACAAGUCUUGGGACUAAAUGCUAAAGACAAUCCCAUUUUGUCUCAAUUUGGUGUUCAGGUUGGGAACAGCCUUAUAACCGUUCAAGGUCGCGUUUUACCGCCACCACCAAUCAACUACAUGAAUCAGAACCGACGUCCAACAAAAACGAUUCCUAGAGACGGUUCCUGGAAUAUGAGAGAUACGCUUUUCCAUACCUCUGGAAACCUUGGACCUUGGACCUAUGUGAUAUUCAAAUGCAAUGGUGCCUUCAAUCCAGGGCCAGGGAUUGUUGCGAACAGUGUCGAAAAGCUCAAGAACCACUUAAUCAGUGCGGGUAUUGGCGCCCGUGAAACAUUGCCAGAGGCACCUUCCAUCUUGUACGUUAGAGGUAAUGAAGCAGCCACCUCUGCUAAUGUUGGCGAUGCGUUCCGUGCACUUGCUAAAGGCUCUUUGAAAAAGAAACCCAAGUUUCUUCUCUGUGUCCUUCCGGUCAGUGAUGUAAUGCUUUACAACACGAUCAAGAGAAUAGGAGAUAUCAAUGCUGGUAUACAUACGGUUUGCGUACUCUGGGACAACUUGAAAAAAGAGAGUCCACAAUUCUUUGGUAACGUUGCGUUGAAGUUCAAUCUCAAAGCUGGUGGUAUCAACCAAACGGUCGACAAACUCGGAAUCAUCAGUGAAGGGAAGACGAUGGUUGUCGGGAUUGACGUGACACAUCCAUCCCCGGGAUCGAAAGAUACGGCCCCCAGUGUUGCCUGCAUGGUGGCUAACACUGAUAAACUACUGGGCCAAUGGUCCGGUAUCUGUCGCUUGCAGAGCGAGGCCCGACAAGAAGUAGUGUCGGAGAUUGAACGGAUGUUCAUGCAUCUGUUGGGGACCUGGUACCGGGCAAAUAAAAACGUAUGGCCUGAGAAUGUUCUGAUCUACAGAGACGGUGUUUCGGAAGGGCAAUACGAUAUCUUGCUCCAGCAAGAAUUACCGAAGAUCAGACAUGCUUGUCGUCAAAAGUACCCAGCCGACUAUACCAAGAAGAACCUCCCGAGAAUUUCGAUCGUAGUCUGUGGCAAACGUCAUCACACUCGGUUUUAUCCAAAGGAUGCUAACGUCGCCGAUAAGAAUUCGAAUUGUCCUGCUGGGACCGUUGUUGAUCGUGGUGUUACCGAGUCUCGCAACUGGGACUUUUUCCUCCAACCACAUCAAUGCCUGAAGGGAACCGCAAGACCAUGCCAUUAUUUUGUCAUCAUAGACGAAAUCUUCAAAUCGCAGAAGAUUAAACCUCCCCACCAAACUUCAGCCGAUGCUCUUGAGGAAUUAACUCACAACAUGUGUCAUCUGUUCGGACGAGCUACGAAGGCUGUUAGUCUGUGUCCUCCGGCAUACUAUGCAGAUCUGUUGUGCACGCGCAUGAGAUCGUACCUCGCAGAUCAUUAUGAUCCUCCAUCAGAAAACACUACACCGACACCGGGAGCCAAUCCAGCAUUAGGAGUAAAUCAAGAUCGAGUCACGAUACAUAGAGAGAUGGAAACUUCAAUGUUCUGGAUCUAA